GGCGCUCCUCGGCCCCGCCUCGCUUGCGCGCCGGCGGCAGGAGGGGGCGGGGCGUGCGCGCUCCCGGCAAGGCCGGCACUUCCGGGUUCCCCGGCCGGAGACGCGGAGCCGCGACCCCCGGUUCCUCCCCCAUCAAGGGAUGCGAGCUGCCCACCGCGUCAGAUGGCCACUGAAUCAACCAGGAAGCUCCAGCACUGGCAAUCCAAAGCAACGCAAAAAUCGGGAGUAUAAAUACAGGAACAUUUUGCCUCAACACGUUGGGGGUUUCACAAUCCGCUUCGCCCUUGCGCGGUGGCUCUGUCAUCUGCGACGCUGGGGAAAAUCAACCCCGGCUUUACCCGCAGCUCUGGCAAAUUGCAGCCUGGUGCAGGAGUAGGCAACAAGCUAAAAGAAAUUCUCAUUUUUGAGUGUUUGAGAAACACAAUCUUGCCAUCAAGAGCAGUGGCUGCUUUGCCUCCCCUGGUUGCUCCUGGGGGUCCUGCUCAGUGCCGCGGCGGGCAGAAGUUGGAGGGCUUCAGCAGCAGCAACUCUUCUCCAUCCACCAUCAGGUUUGUCAACUGCAAGGAGGACUUUCCCAUAGGGAAGAGGGUGGUGUGUUGGUCCCCAUCCCUUACGCGAUGCCUGUGUUCCUGUAGUGGGAAUCACGGCAGUGCUGAAUAACGCUGGGCUGGGCACAGAGAAGGAGCUGAAGUUGGACCGCGAGUGUCCUGCUGCUGCUGCGAGCUGGGGCUGGGCUCUAAACCUGCCCUAACCCUUGCUGAAUUAUUUCCGAGGGGUUUUAUCCUCCAACAAGCCAAUCCACUGGCCAUGCCAGCUGGCUUUCCUUCUCCCGGGCUGCUUCUGCUUGGGGUCGGCUUGUCUUUUAAGUGUGGCUGGGUGUGCACGGGCUCUGGGUGGAAGGCAGAAGCUGUGUAGGAGGAGAGGGCUGUCCCGCCACCAGCCCUUGGACCCACCAGUCCAUCAAAGCCCUCAUUUCCCCGAGGCAGAGGGUGCCUGGCACAGCACUCGUGCUUGGAAAAUGACUGGCUCCACGUCCAGGCCUUGAGUCACCGGUUCACGCCGUCGUUGUGAGCUGUUGUUUUCCGUUUGCAAAGCACGAGCGGUGACCUGCUGUUUAUUUAUAACUCGGAGAGCGUCGCUUGUUGGGAUACCGAAGAGCCAAGCUCUGGGACAGGGUCUCUGCCUCUCCUGGCACAAGGCUUGAUUCGAACAAGCCGUUCCCAAAGAAUUUGGCUGUUUUGCAGCAGUUUGGUAAAUAAACAACUCUGCUCUCGCACCAGCGACUCCCCUCCUCGGUGACAUGUGAAGACAGUGCCCGGCGUGGGGAGCGGCAGCAGCUGAGAUGCAUUCGAGCCAUGCCGAUGACCCCAAGGAAGCCAUACAGCUGAUCAAGAAGCAACUGGUGAAUGCCAUCAAGGCGUUGCAGAAGCAGUACGUGACCUCGGAUGCCAUUGUGACCAGCGACGAUGGGAAUGCGAACACCCUCUGCAGCGCCCUGGAAGCUGUCUUUGUGCACGGGCUGAAGGCGAAGCAUAUAAAGGCAGAGAGUGGAGGGAAAGGGAAGAAAACAGGAGGUCGGGGACCGCUUCCCCAGCCGGUCUUCUGGGGUCUGCUGAAGAGCAUCACCCAUCGAAAUAUUGUCUUGGAACUGGAACAACUCAUCUUUAUCAAUACAGACGUCGGCCGCUGCCGAGCCUGGCUGAGGCUGGCUUUGAACGAUGGCCUCAUGGAGUGUUAUUUGAAGCUGCUGCUGCGGGAGAGGUCCCGGCUGCCCGAAUACUACCAAGCGACCGCUCUGCUCUUAGAUGCCGAAGAGUGCGAGUUUCUCCUUUGCUACUUGCAGGGCUUAUCAUCCUUAACCUUUGAGCUCUCCUAUAAAUCAGCAGUUUUGAACGAGUGGACUAUCACCCCUUUGUCCCUGUCGGGUCUGUGCCCUGUUUCGGAGCUGCUGGAGCCCCUCACGUCCUCGACAUCCGAACCCCACAGAAAAGCAUCGCUGGGUUCGAUCUCCCAGUCAUCAGGGUCGGACGAGAUCGAGAUUCAACCCUCCGUCCUACCCAUCAGCAAAGCCAGCAGCAAAAUCAAACUCACGUCGUCCUCGUUGAGCCUUAACACCACGAGCUCAUCCCAGCUCUCCUCCAGCCUGGGCUCUGACAGCAUCCUCCCAGCUCACUGUGCCCGCAGUCCCGAGCGGAGUGAGGAGCCGCUCUCCUGCGACUCCGACCUGGGGACGGCCACUGCUGAGGACCUGGACAGGUCGCUGCAAGAGGUGUUGUCCGAGUUCAGCAAAGCCAAGCUAAGCCUGGAAGCCCCAGAGGGACCGCUGGCCCCAAGCGUGCUAGGCUGCUCCCCGCAGCAGCCCGUCUGUCCCCCAGACACAUCGCCCGUCCCCCCAGCACCAUCCCACAGAGCUCACCAGCAACCACCUCCCGACGCUGACAGUACAGGCUCUGCUCAGACGGGCAACGUGGUCACUGCCAGUGAUGGGGAUGGAGAUGCAGCACCACAAGCCAGCAGCACGGCCGGCGUUUCGGCCACGCGGCGUGGCAGUCCAAGCAGAGGAGAGACAGGCAGAAGCGGCACAGUCGGUGGCAGCGAGACAAGCCAAGCAGUCCGCAGCCCAACGGCUGAAUACCUCCUUUCUCCACUGCUGGGUUGUCCGAAAAGAAAGAGCUGGAUCUCAGAAGAUGAUUUCUACAGACCUUCUCCAGGAGAGAGCAGCGAAAGCACAGCCAACACCAAUGGCUUUGGGCCAGAGGGGGCUGGCGAGGGUCUGGCCCCAGGGCUCAUUAGCGCUCUUGACUUGGAAAGGCUGUCAGUGCCAUCCUUGGAGAGCGGGAAACCCAAAAUGUCACCCGAACGGGAACAAAAGGGCUUCAGCGUUGUGCAUCGCAGGCAGAUGGGUCUUUCCAACCCUUUCCGAGGGCUCCUGAAGCUGGGCAGUCUGGAGCGGAGAGGAGCCAUGGGGAUAUGGAAGGAGUUUUCCUGCGAGCUGUCGCCACUGGAGCUCCGGCUCUUCUUGGACCACGAGGACCGCAUCUGUGUUGAGAGCUAUUCCCUGCUGCGGUGCGAGUCACUGGCGCUGACGCACUCGGACGGCCGUUUUGAGCUGGUUUUCCUGGGGAAAAAACUCUACCUACGAGCUCCUUCUCGAGAUGAGGCCGAGGACUGGUUGGACAGGAUCCGUGAGGCGCUGCAGAAGUGCCGGCCUCAGCUGGAGGAGGAGGAGUGGGAGACGCUGGAGUAUCCAGAAGACGGUGGCGAAGGCCAGCCUAUCCAGAGUGACUCCACUGCUCUUCUCCAGUACAGUGACGUGCCUGGGAACAGCUUUGACUGGACUCCAGCUCACGAACCAGAGCUGGAUGCAAUAAAAGAGGCUGUUCUGUACGUGGACAUGGACAAAACCUGGGUCCCUUUUAUUUUUUCCCUGUCUCUAGAGACUUUAAAGUGCUUUAAAGUCAGGAACAACGACAAAAUUUUAAGCAACAGUUACGGUAUAGAGACCAUCCAGGACAUCCUUCCAGACACGAGCCUCGGGGGACCUGCGUUCUUCAAGGUGAUUACCUCCAAAGCUGUCCUGAAGCUGCAGGCUGAGAACGCAGAAGAAGCGGCCUCGUGGAGGGAGUUGGUCCGAGGGGUGCUCAUGUCUUACCUGGAGAGCGCGGAGGAGGCGCUGACUCUGGGUGGCAGCUUGGACGGGCACUCCCAGGUCAUCCUGAAGAACAUCGUGAAGGAAAACGGCUUCUUGUUGCAAUACCUGGUGGCCAUCCCCAUGGAGAAGGGUCUGGACUCGCAGAGCUUCAUCUGUGCAGGCUGCUCCAGGCAGAUCGGCUUCUCCUUCACCAAGCCCAAGCUCUGCGCUUUCUCUGGUCUCUACUAUUGCGACAGCUGCCACCGGGAUGAUGAGACGGUGAUUCCCUCGCGCCUCAUCCACAACUGGGAUCUGACAAAACGAGGAGUUUGCCGGCAGGCUUUGAAGUUCCUCACCCAGAUCCGUAACCAGCCGCUGAUUGACCUGAAGCUGGUCAAUGAGAGCCUCUACGACCAUGUGGAGAGGAUGGGACGGAUCCGCCGGAGCAGGGAACAGCUGAAGCUGCUGGGAGAUUAUCUCAUCAUGUGCCGCAGUGGGGCCCUGAAGGAGCUGAGCAAGCGGCUUGAUCAUAGGCACUACCUCUUGGAGUGUUCCCACAAAUACAGUGUCACUGACCUGAGGCAGAUAGCCGACGGCGUCUUUGAGACCUUCCUGCAGUCUCUGCUCCAGUUUGCUUCCCAUCACGUCUACAACUGCGACCUGUGCACCCAGCGCGGCUUCAUCUGCCAGAUCUGCAACAGCAGCGACAUCAUUUUUCCGUUCGAAUUUGACACUACCACCAGGUGCAGCGAAUGCAAAACCGUCUUCCACCGGGACUGCCAAGCCAGCGCCAAGUCGUGCCCCCGCUGUGAGCGCCGGCAGAGGUACCAGCGAAAACUGGAGGCGGAGGCCAGCAUGGAGCUAAGCCUUUAGCAUCCAGGGAUCGACCUCGACGCUGCCCUUGCCUUCUCAUCCAGCCGGACUAGUGCUGAGGGGAAGGGCCUGGUGGGAGGUGCAGAGACCCCCCCCUCCUGCCCAGGAGUUGAUGCUGCGCCUGGCCCUUCCCUGGGGACAGGGAGCUGGUGGUGCUGGGUGACGUGGUGUGGGUGCUUCUGCCCCACGGAAGGACCCUCUGCCCACCCAGGGCUGAGCAAGGGGGGCUGGAAAGGUCCGUCACGCUAAGCCAGUGCUGCUCGGGGAUGCUCCCAGUCGCCCUCCUGGUGCCAACUUGGUAUGUCCCCUCCUGGUGGAAACCCAGCAGCUUUCCAGGGUGUAAAUCAGGAUUUCCAAUCAAGGGUGUGGAUAACUGACAUUGAUUAAAGCUCUAGUUUUUUAGGAUGUUCGAUACUGAAAAAACGGUAUUUUUUUACGUGGGGGUUUUGCACAAGCUGGCCUGCGCCAGGGAGGUGACGGCAGCCGCACGGGAGGGGACAAAGUGACACUUGUGCCUUUAGGGACCUGCGCGUCCCCAGGGGACCACGGGUGCCAGCCGAGCAUCUCCCGCUCGGAGAGCCCGUCCAUCACCGUGGCCUCUGGGAAGAGAGGGGAGAGAAGAGCUGGGCUGCUCCUUUUGGCCUGCUGCUUUUAAUCCUCGGAAGAAAUUUUAUUUUCCUUUCACCUGUCCCCAUGCAAAAAUAAUUAAAGUUUAUUUAAUGACGA